UGGCCGUAAAGUAGCAUUCAAACAUAAAAAGCAAAGCAGCCAAUUAGGCUUGUGAUUUCUUUUGAUCGAGCGUGUAAGUAAUUGCACUUUUUUGUGCAUAUAUGCGUCCACGUACAGUAUAUUUAUGUGAGCCUGAGGCGGUGUAUUUGUGUUUAAAUUCAUUCACUUUUUCUAUCACCUAUACACCAUUAAUGCAGUCCAAAACAAAUUAGCUAGAAGCAUUCAGUUCACAAUAAAAACAAUGAAGAUCACAUUAAUCCCGUUGCUCCUUCUUUCUGUGUUGGGAAUAAAAUCACUGCUUGAAGGAGCUUAUGAUUCACCUCACCAAGUUGUUGACACAUCUGGCAAUAUACUAAGGGUAGGUGCCAACUACUACAUCAUUCCCAACCCUACUACCAAAUGUUCAAUUUUUUCCAAUUACAAAGGUAACAACGGGCUUGUGCUAGCAAAAGUAGCAGCUAACAAGACCUUCCCUCUUGAUGUUUUGGUUGUGGAGGGACAGCAAUUAGGCCAGCCACUAACUUUUACACCGAUUCAUGACCAAAAGAAAGGUGCACCGGUUCGUGUCUCUACUGACCUCAACAUCGAGUUCUCCAUGCAAACAAGUUGUUCACAAUCAAAUGUGUGGAAAAUUGAUCACUUUGAUAGGGCAACGAGGAAGUGGUUUGUUACAACUGGUGGUGUUGUGGGGCACCCAAGUUGGAGAACUAUCAGCAACUGGUUUAAGAUUGAGAAAUAUGAUGGUGACUAUAAGCUGGUUUCGUGCCCAACUUUUUGUGCAUAUUGCAAGGUUCAAUGUAGGGAUAUUGGUGUAUACGAGGAUCAAAAUGGGAACAAGCGUCUAGCCCUCACUGAUGCGCCUUACAAAGUUCGGUUUCAGAAGGCCUAAGGAGCAUUUAAUACACAAAUACAAUUGAACGGCUCUGUAAGAAUUAAUCUUGUCUAUGGUGCUCCAGGAUGCACAAGACAUUGUAUGUAU